GCGGCAGAAUGACAGUGAUCGAGACGUAGCUGUUCGAGGAAUUUGUUGUGUUAUCUAAUGUCGCAAAGCUGGACUAUUGUUGUCUUUUGUAUUUUUAGUUUUGUUUAAUCAGUAACUUUCAAGAUGAUGCAAAUUACGGAUUUCCAAAAAAUUGGCGUGGGCCUGGCAGGGUUUGGUGUGUCUUUCCUUAUCAUGGGAAUUAUUUUUUUCUUUGAUAAGGGACUUCUAGCUAUAGGCAAUAUCCUGUUUGUAAGUGGGCUGGCAUUUGUUAUAGGACUUGAACGGACAUUUAGAUUUUUCUUCCAAAGACACAAAGUGAAGGCUACAGGAUUUUUUAUUGGAGGAAUAUUUAUUGUUUUGAUAGGCUGGCCAGUCAUUGGCAUGUGUUUGGAAAUGUAUGGAUUCUUUCUUCUGUUUAGUGGUUUCUUCCCAGUGGCUGUGAAUUUUCUGAGAAGAGUUCCUGUAGUAGGCAGUCUGUUGAAUUUACCUGGGAUACGCUCAAUUGCAGACCGAGUGGGAGAAUCCAACUCAGUGGUUUAACUCCGUUCUCUUCUAGUACUUUUUAUAUUGAUCAUGAAUAUUACUUUGCGAAUGUAUGUGUCCUGGUGGCGAGAAAGUGAAAACCCAAGAAACAACAUGAUGCAUGGAACAGUGGAACUGUAUAAGUGCCUGAUAUGAGAUCAUGCCUGUUCCAAAGAAAAUCACAGGCAAAGGAGUGGACAGGCCUAUGCACUGUACUGCCUCACGGGCGACGGCCUAUAGACUGUACUGCCUGUCAGGUCUAUGCACUGUGCUACCAGACUGUUCACUGUACUGUGCGAUAGGCCUAUUCACUGUACUGCCUGUAGGCCGUCUAGUAAUCGGCUGAUGGAUACAUCUGACAAACACUGAUAAAAACCUGAUGUGAUGGUAGGAUGAAUCCUGUGGCAGUGGUUUCGUGCGGCAGUGGAACCUUGUGAUGUUUGAUGCUGCCAAGCGUAUGUCAUGAUAUGCGUUUAUUAUAUGGCAGUGAUCGAACGAGAUGAAUGCUGUUGACUUUAUUAAUGCUGACAUUAUGAAAAGACAUUUUCACAUUCUGUAUUAUGCAUCAUGCUUUGUGGAGUCCAUAUUUAUUGUUACUAAGAACUGUAUAAUAACCUGUUUUAAGAAAACAGAUUUGUAUUUUAAACCGCUGCAUGUGAUCAGAAUCACUGUGUACUAAAUAUUCAUCGUCACAUCUUCACAUAGAAGAUGCGUAUUAUUCUAUUUGCAUAUACAAUACAUAUAUGUACACAGCCAGUUUUUUGUAUUGAGUAUUGAAGCUUCUACUUUCACUGGUGUUAUCACAGGGGCUUGGCUGACAAGCCUUUCAAACCCCACUACCAUAUGUCAGAGAAGUAAUGACCUAUUUCUCAGUAGUAUGUAGAUCGUGGCUGUCCCCAAUGCUUUUACCCAUGGUUUAGGGUACUGUCGUUCAACAAGGCUACUAUCAGUUAGAUGUGUUCAAUGGACAAUGUAGCCAUGCUCAUGAGUGCGUUCACACUAGUGUUUGAGUUUAAUCUUAGGUUUAAGUCUAAGUCUGGAGGAAUCUACACAGUGGCAGAUAGAUUGAGAUACUAGUACUUGUGUCGUUAAAUAUUUUUAUGUGGAUUAGGUUGAUAUGGAAUAUAUUGUAUAUGAGCAUAGCACUAAAUGAUCAUGAGGCUUUGACAGUUGAUUCCAAUAUGAUCUGGAGGACAGCAGUACUUGUGCUUGCACUUGUAAUUUCCAUGGAAUAAUUGUAUAUCUCCACUCUAAGGAGAGUUAGUAGCUCAUGUGCUGUGAACAAAGAUAUUCUUUGCUGCUCUUACAACACUUGAGGAUUCAUUACAUCAUCAAUUUAUCAAUAUCAGUGAGAAGUAACGCAAAUGUUUAUUGGUAAAUCUUGUUUGACGAAUGCCCCAAGGUGUUUGAAAUGGCAUAGAAAACUUUGACACACAUCUAGGUCAUAUAGAAUUACGUGUAAUCUGGACACGUUUCUAUAAGCACAACGUAAAUGAAAUAAAAUAUAGGUACUAAAGUUAACGAAAUUUAUAUGCAAAUGCACCAAAACAUUUAGUAAACAUGAAAUUUAAGUGAACCUUUUUCUCAUGUGAGGGCUGUCGUUAAAUGUCAGUAUCGGAAACUUGAAUGUAAGUUUUGGUAGUGGCUGGAUUUCCUUUCAGAGAACGUAGUACAGAAGGCAAUAGCAAUGGGUCGUCGGUAUAUUUGGUCUUGUUAUGCAUGGGGUAUAUGUAGGCCUGCAUGCUUAGAGCGGGCUUGGGAGGAAAGGUCAAUUGUGGUUGGGUUGAAAAAUAUCCAGGUUUCCAUCUUAAAAAAACAAUAACAAAUAAUUCAGUUAUUUCGAAAAUGCAAACAGUCCUAAAUGUCCACAGCCAUUGUAUUCUGACGUGCUUGGUAAAUAAAUAGAUCAGCUUUUAGCCUGGAAUUCUAACGAGACGAUGAGAUGCGUCAUGGUCAAUGUUAGACAAACCGGAACCAGGAUUUCGCGUCACUCGUACUCCUUGUCCAUAUAACUAAGGCAGAGCAGGGUUUGGAUGACGUCAACUGUAACCGCAGUCUUCUCGGGUUAUAGAAAUAAAUCGCGCCUAAUUUGAUAAAACUGAUAACAUGGUGGCGCGUUUGAUUUUCUCAAUGCAUUUUCCAGUUGCAUUUUGGGGCGUUUUCUUGUAUCACCCAGGUUAUCUGGACACCGACGUGAACAAGAACCAGUUCAAAAAAUAAUAAAAAUAAAUGAAUAAAAAGCCCCAAAACAUUGAAAAACAUAGGCCCAUCCAGGUACAUGAUAUGAACCCAACUCAUUUGUGAAUAGUGUCAUGAUUCAUCUAUCUAAUAAACAGUACAA